AGAGGAAUGAAGUGUGGAGCUGCCGCCGGCUGGUGUUCAUUGUGCUGAAGGGGUGCACAAUAGAAAACACACGGAGGAGUAAAAAUAGUUCCUCGCUUCGUCUGGAGUGAUGUUUCGAAAGACUGCCGGGUUUUGAGGAUGUCCAAGAUGUUGCAGAGGUAGAACAUCUUCAACUGUUGUCUUUUACCUUUUGCAUUAGGACAAGUAGAGUGAUGAAGAAGAUGAUGAUCCAGGCCUCCUGUAGGAAAGGUCUGCAGGUGUGUUUACUCCUCCUGAUGGUGGGAAGACUGCAGGGCAAGGUAACGGCACCAGAGCGUCUGGAAGCUCCAGUGGAGAAGCCAUUCACUCUCACGUGCAGUGUCUCGAGGGAACGAGGUGAGUCUCUGAGGCAGGUGCGUUGGCUGGAUGUCCAAAACCAGACCCUGCUCAGCUACCAACCCGGCAACACAGACAGUGUGAGCGGACAGCAGCACGUGGAGCUCGCCUCCUCCCCGAAAGACACCUCAGCUAUCACCAUCCGCAGGGUGGGUUUCCGUGACGAAGGCUGCUACACCUGCAUCUUCGACAUGCAUCCUUCCGGUUCAAGGCAGGGACUGACGUGCCUCACUGUUACCUCUCAAAUCACCGUUGAAAGCAACAAGACAGCAGUGAGUGGCAAGAUGGUCUCCCUCUCGUGCUCCUACGGUUUGCCUGAGAAGGUUCAGCAGAUCGUGUGGAAACACACAUCCGCACGAGGAGACUCCACGGAGGUGGCGUCCUUCGCAAAGCGAAGCGACCCCAUGAUAGAGCCGUCGUUCCAGGGAAGAGUCUGGCUGAGUGCCUCCCUGUCAGACAGCCAGCUCACCAUCCAGCCUGUCGCUAUCCAGGACGAGGGCUGCUACACCUGCCUGUACAACACACAUGCCGACGGGCCCAAGUCUUCCAGGGUUUGCCUCGUCACCUAUGUGCUGCCCAAACCUCAGGUGAGCUACAAGACCACCUCUCCCGGUGUGAUCGAAGCCAACUGCACCUCGGUGUCGCGGCCCCCAGCGGAGAUAGUGUGGAAUGUGGAGAGGGAUAACCGCACCAAAGGCCCCCCUGUGACGACACUGCUCCCACAGGGCGACGGCACCACCCUGGUCAUCAGUACGCUCACGGUCCAAUCAGGGCUGCUGAAAGAUGUGUCCAUCAAAUGCUUGGUGCACCACAAAGGGCUCGAGUCCCCGAUUGCUGUAUCCAUGAACACUAAAAUUGGGACGGCUCUCACCAUCCUGAUCUCCGUCACGACGGUGGCGGCCCUGUUGGUCAUGUCCCUCUGCUUCUGCCUUUGGAAGUGUUUCUUGCGCAAAGAAGCUGAUUAAUCUCUCAGAUGAGGCCAGAGGCUGGGAAGAAGGGAGGCAGGGUUCCUCCGAGCCAACCUUGCAGAAUUGUUUCCAUGCAUCAUCAUCAUCAUCAUCAUCAUCAUCAUCAUCAUCAUCAUCAUCAUCAUCAUCAUCUUGGUACAUUGGGAAGAUGUUCUGACACACAUCUAUAGGAUGACAAAAACAAUCCUAUUUAUGAAUGCCAACUGUGCAACGAUAUUCAUCUCUUCUGCCCCCGACUCUUACAUAAUCAUCACAUCAAGUCAAGAAGGAAACAUUUCCUCUGGCUCUGUAACUGAUUGAGUCGAUGGCCACACAGUCCCACAGUCCCUGUAUGGCAAAUUAAAGUCCAAUAUUGUCCUUUUAAAUACUUCCCUCUGUUUGUCUCCAUCUUUUACCAACAUGGUCCUGAAAGGAUGAGUCUGGUGAUAUUAGGUUUCUCUCAUUCAACAAAUCCUAUGAAAAGACUAAAACCAACCAUGAACUGAUUCAAGUAAAACACAUAGUCCGUACAGCCCCAAUCUGAUUUAGCCUGGCCCUGCAUUGUUAUCCAAAAACAACAACAACUCAUCAUGAGCUACGUGAUGCACCGGUGACUAGAACAUGGGCACCCAACACAUGUCCUGUGUACUCUAGUUUCAGUAAUAAUCGUUCAAAACUACAGUGCCCAGCUGUUUUAGGGAAUUAAUAUUUAGUUAAAGUAUAGUUCCCCAGCCAAACUAUUAUUGUUGAGGACGAUGUAUGUAUUUUAUGGGAUUUGUUUUUCAAUAAUAAAACUCAAGAAUAUGAUGAGCCUUAUCCUUUAAAUACACUCUAAUUGAAACUAUGAGCUCACCUUUAAGGUUUCACUCCUUAAACUACUCUGGGUGAGGUCUUCCCUUGGUCAACGAAGAGGGCUGCAUACUUAUGUCUUGUUUGUGUAAUAUCUAUUGCAAACUUUUCUACAUGUUUCAAGGUAUCUCUCUCUCUGUGUGUGCGCGUGUGUGUGUGUGUGCGUGUGUGUGUGUGUGUGUGUGCGUGUGUUCAGGGUUAAAUUCCACGGUCAGGUUGCUUGAAUCAAUUCCUUGAGGAAGCGAGACUGAAACCUUUUUGGUGCCCCUGGAAGGAAUGCAUGCCUCGCUACAGCUCAUGUGUGUGUGUGUGAAGAUGUGAGUGAUGCAGGUCGGGGCGUGGGCAAUUGGCUUAUGGGAUAGAUAAUGAUUAAAUGCCGAAAUGCUCAUUACUCUGGAUCGAAGUGGCACUUAAAUGCCUAAAAUAUCAUGAAGCUUUUAGGUUAUAUCAUGUUUACAUCUGUACAGUACAAUGUAAGCUUUAUGCUGAAGUAUUCUUGUAUAUCAAAGCAUACGACUGUCAGUUAUGAACCGAAUUAUAAAGGUUAUCAGAUUUCAGUUGGGAUCAGCACAUUCCUCUCCAUUAACAAGACUCUGUCAGUAUAGUUUCACUAUAUGCAAUACACUGAUUAUAAGAUCACAGCUUACAUUAGAAUAAUUAUGAAACGUGGUUUCAGAACAUUUGUUAUCUGGCCCUCUAGCAGAGCAACUACAGCCAUGUAAAAGAAGAAAAUAUGAAAUUAUGUAUUUUGUCCGACAACUUAAAGUGUAUGUAAUGACUGCAACAAAUUG